UUAUGUGACUUGUGGUCUGAAAAUUGCAUCCAUCACAAACCACAUCUCUUUUGGUGUGAAAUUUAAUAUCCAUUGAUGUUCAUAGAUGUUUGUUUUUUUUUUACCUACUUGUUUCCAGAUAUGUACUGCUUCAUCACGUAGAGACACAACUUGGGAAUGUUACCAGUACACAUUGAUAGCGGCCAAAUUAAAUUCUGAGGAAGACCCUAAGUGAAGGGAGGGGUAAUACAGAAUUUUAGUAUAAGUUUAAACUCUUAGAAGUUCAAGGCAUAUUAAUGUUGAAAAUAUGCUGCACAGCCCUAUGUUUUGACCUUUGAAAAAAAUAGUGCAUAUAUUGAUGUGAAGGGAUAAUUGGUACCAAGCAAUGAUAGAAUAAUACAUUUUUGAUUUAGAAGAAUUAUGGUUGAUGACCCCAUGAAUGUCAUUAUUAUUAAAAAAAAAAUGAAAAAUCAGGAUAAAGACCAAUUGUUACCAAACUUUGAAUGAAUGAGAUAUUUUAAUCACAGUUGAUUAACAAAACCACUUUUGAACAUGGAUGACAUUGUUUCUAAAUCUAUAAAAUUCUAUAAAAAAAGGCAGUAAAGGUAUUCUGAAAAAUGUUUAGAAGAAUGGAUUGCUACCUAACUUUCGCUUGAAUGAUACAUUUAUGAUCCUAAUUUAAUAUAGUGUCUCACAGCUGAAAACAGGACAAUUUCAUAAGAUCAAAUUAUUUAUUAAUAUAAUGAAUUUAAGAUGCAAUGAAAAAUUUAUGAAAAUCAAGUUUUGAAAAGUGGGAUUUUUACCAAACACUUAGAGUUGGCUAUUUUCUUUUGAACGAAAGAUAAUUGAAAAAGUUUAAGAGUGGGCACUAAUAAUUUAGAGUAGAGGUUUAUGUAGACACUAUAAAGCCUCUAAUUUAAAGUUUUUAUCUCAGGUACUGUAGUAUGCAAGAAUAUUUAUGGUACUCUAGUAUGCCAGAAAAUCACUGGCACUGCAGUAUGCCAGAAUAUCUUGGGAAUGCUGUAUGCCCGAAAAUCUUGGGUACUGCAGUAUGCCAGAAAAUCUCUGGUACUGUAGUAUGCCAGAAUAUCAUGUACUGCUGUAUUCCAGAAUAUCUCUGGUACUAUAGUGUGCCAGAGUAUCUGGGUACUGUGGUAUACCAGAAUAUCCUGGGUACUGCAGUAUGCCAGAAAAUAUCUGGUACUGUAGUAUGCCAAUUUUUCUUUGGUACUGUAGCAUGCCAUUUUAUCUUAGGUACUGUAGCAUACCAGAAUAUAUCUGGUACUAUAGUAUGCCAGAAUAUCUAUGGAACUGUAGAAUGCCAGAAAACCAACAGUACUGUUGUAUGCCAGAAUAUCUGCGUUACUGUAGUAUGCCAGAAUAUCUGCAGUACUGCAGUAUGCCAGAAUAGCUCCGGCACAGUAGUAUGCCAGACAAUCUCCAAUACUGUAUUAUGCAAGAAGAUCUCUGGUACUGUACUAUACCAGAAUAUCUAUGGAACUGUAGUAUGCCAGAACAUCUCCGGAAUUGUUGUAUUCCAGAAUAUCUGCAGUACUGCAGUAUGCCAGAAUGUCUCUGGUACUGUAGUAUGUCGGAAUAUCUCCAAUACUGUAUUAUGCAAGAAUAUAUCUGGUACUGUACUAUGCCAGAAUAUCUAUGGAACUGUAGUAUGCCAGAACAUCUCCGGAACUGUUGUAUGCCAGAAUAUCUGCGGUACUGCAGUAUGCAAGAAUAUCUCUGGUACUGUAUUAUGCAAGAAUAUCUCUGGUACUGUAUUAUGCAAGAAUAUAUCUGGUACUGUACUAUGCCAGAAUAUCUAUGGAACUGUAGUAUGCCAGAACAUCUCCGGAAUUGUUGUAUGCAAGAAUAUCUGGGGUAUUGCAGUAUGCCAGAAUGUCUCUGGUACUGUAGUAUGCCAGAAUAUCUCUGGCACAGUAGUAUGCUAUAAUAUCUCCAGUACUGCAGUAUGCCAGGACAUCUUGAGAACUGUAGUAUGCCAGAAAAUACCCAGUUCUGUAGUAUGCCAAAAUAUCUCAUACUGUAGUAUGCCAAAAUAUCUCAUACUGUAGUUUGCCAGAACAUCUCCAGUAUUGCAGUAUGCCAGAAUAUUUCAGGUACUGUUAUUUGCUAGAAUAUCUCCUACUAUAGUUAUCCAGAAUAUAUCCCUUACUGCAGUAUGCCAGAAUAUCUCCUGUACUGUAAUAUUUUAGAAUAUCUCAAGUACUGUUGUAUUUAAGAAAAUCUCAGGUACUGUAAUGUAGUAUGCCAGAAUGUCUUCAGUACUGUAUUAUGCCAGAAAA